AUGAACAUCAAUGCUGCCUUUGAUGUAAAGGGAAAAAUUGAUUUUCUUAACACUUCAAAGGUCAAGGAGUCUGAUAUUUCAUUCUUGUUUUCAGUCAAGGUCAUUGACCAAGUGAUAUAUAACCAUUCCUUGACCCAAAUUGUACCCGUCGUUACCGGCAAUGAUAGCCAGACUAUUUUGGACGCUCAAGCUUUCACAGAUUUACGCGCCGAUAUCUUCUUUACGAAAUCAAGAGCUGCAGAUGCCCAGAAACUACAAGGCAAGGGCAAGAACUCGUUCAGUCUCAACUUGGGCUUUGACAGCCUUGACGACAGCUUCCUCAGCGAAAAUGAAACCACCAUCUCCGUUUCUUAUACUGGUGGAGGACAAGGAUUAAAAGCCCCCGACCAAGACUGGACGUUUGAGAUCAUGAAGAGUGCCGCGCUCAGGUUCCCGGACCUCGUUGCGAAAACCCCAAUGCCCACUCACGUAAUUCUCACCAAUAUUUCCCCCCCAGCUUUCGAGGUGGCUGGUGUCUACUCGAUGUUACUCCAGGAAGCCUACCUGGACUACAAGACUGUAGCCAAGAAUCUCCAAGUCCUAUCAUUCGAGGUCUCGUCGGGUAGAGUCAAGCUCAUCACGUCAUCAGAAUACCGAUGUCAGGUUGAGGAGGCGAAGAAGGAGAAGACUCGAGAGGCAGCUAAGCGGAAGCAGGCUGUUGACGCUGUUAACAAGGACGAACCUGCCAAUAAAGAUAACGUCAAGUCCGGCAGUGAUACUCCCGCAUCGGAUCAAAAAGAAGACGAUGCUAAGCCUGCCAAGAAUGGUCAAACGAAGGAGGGAGAGAAGAGGAACGAAGACGCAGCUGUGCCAGAUUCCAAAGACACUACGGUAAAGAAAUCUCCAGGGCCAAACCACUGGCGGCCAAUCGAAGUUACCAAGGAGUACAAGGCUACUCCUCAAGGCCUCGAAGACGCUCGUAACAUGGUCCGCACUUUCUUAAUCCGCAUUGUGCAAGAGAUCAACAUCCUAAGCAAACAUCCUCAUUUGGCUCUCGAGGAUGAUCGAGUUCAGCCUCACAUGAGCCCGUUCCUUUUCAAAGAACUUCUGCCGGUCGGACAGCCUGUUGCACCCGACGAGGAACAGGACAAGGAGUUGGCAAACGUAACCGACAGGAUCAACAAAAUUAAUGCCAAGAAGAAUGAUUCGUCUGCUUUGUAG